AUGUCUCUGAAAUAAAAGCAGUCCAGACAACCUGAAACCUGAGUAGGCCUGUAUUCCUCCCAACAAGCCGACAGCCAAGUUACAAGAUGAAGACAGUCGUACUGCUGAUGGUGAUGUUUGCAACAUGUUUUGCAACACCCCAAGAUCUAUCAGGCAAAGUUCUCGUGUUCCCGAGAGAGACUAGCACAGAUCACGUGAAACUUUUGACCUCAAAAACCAAGUUUGACUCUGUGACUGUCUGUUUCAGAUUCAUCACCGAUCUCUCCAGGAACUACGGUCUCUUCUCCUUGGCCACACCAUCGUUCAGCAAUGACUUUGUCCUCUUUAAGAUCAAUUCAAAAGGCGACAUCAGAAUGCAUGCUCUGGACGGAGGCACGGACUUCCUGUCUCUGUCAUUCCCGCCAAACACCUGGCACUCUAUAUGCUCCACCUGGCGCUCUGACAACGGCCUGGCUCAGCUGUGGGUGGACGGAAAGCAAACCAUCAAGAGGUUCAUCAAAACCGGGCCAAUCACGGGAGCUCCCAUUACCAUCCUUGGGCAAGAGCAAGACUCCUACGGCGGAGGUUUUGAUGCAAGUCAGUCUUUCCUUGGUAUGAUUACUAAACUCCAUAUGUGGAACUAUGUACUGUCCAAUGCUGAGAUCAAACGCUAUGUGGCGGAUGCACAGUUCACCCCAGGAAAUGUGUUCAAUUGGAGAUCCCUGGAGUUGGAAAUAUCAGGGGAUAUUUUUGUGGAAGAAGAAAGGGAAGUUAUGUAA